UAGAGCCUCGAAGCGGGAUGCUCCAGCGAAAUGCUUCUGGCGCGCGCCUGAGAAAAGCCGAAUAUUGAAGCUGAGCACCAAACAGCAGUAUCUGCUUUAAAAACAGGAAACAAGCAUGGCGUCAAAGUGUCCAAAAUGCGAGAAAACAGUCUAUUUUGCUGAAAAGGUGACCUCUCUGGGGAAGGACUGGCACAAAUUUUGCCUGAAGUGUGAACGCUGCAGCAAAACCCUGACAGCAGGAGGCCACGCUGAGCAUGGUGGGAAACCCUUUUGUCACAAGCCCUGCUAUGCUGCCCUCUUUGGGCCAAAAGGUGUUAACAUUGGUGGUGCAGGCUCUUAUGUGUAUGAGGCACCCAUAAACAAAGACCCAGCCCCGGUUACUGUGGACUCUGCACCCAAACUUGAAGAGAAGCGGUUCCCAGCACCCAGCAGACCUCCUUCUAAAGCUGGAAGUAUCACCACCUUUUCUGGGGAGGCAAACAUGUGCCCCAAGUGUAAUAAGAGGGUCUACUUUGCUGAGAAGGUGACGUCUCUGGGGAAGGACUGGCAUCGGCCAUGCCUGCGCUGUGAGAGGUGCGGCAAGACCCUGGCUCCAGGGAGUCAUGCAGAGCAUGAUGGCCAGCCUUACUGCCAUAAACCAUGCUACGCUGUCCUGUUCGGGCCAAAAGGAGUGAACACGGGUGGUGUCGGCAGCUACAUUUAUGACAAGGAGGUCAACCCAGAGGCCCAGCCAUGAGCUGGCGACUUCAAAACGUCCCUGCACUAGAGUCACACAUUACCACUACAGACACAGCCACUACAUUAGCUCAUACAGGCUCUCGCUCGCGCGCGCGCACACACACACACACACACACACACACACACACACACACACACACACACACACCCCACCACAUUCCUCAGCCUCCAGCCACACCGAUUGAGAGCAGUGCCAACAUGGACAUCUAUGGAAACCUGAUGCCACAUUCAAUGACCCUUCACUGAUGGGUGUGUAAUGGCUUCAUCCUUUUAUAUGCAUAAAUGCUGUUAGUCUGACCUCACUGUUCUGGAUAUUCCUUAUGGAGUAUGGAAAUCUAUUUAAAAUCUUUUACAAAUAGAUCUUAUGUAUGUUCUCCAACCCAUUAUUAUUGUUAUGUUGUACCAUGCUCUUCCACAAUAGGGUGCUAGUUACAAUAAUGUCAGUCAUACAGCACUGUAGGGAAAAUAUCUAUGGUGGUUUUCCAGCUGAAUAUAAUGAAAUGUGUUUAAAAAAAAAAAAAAAAAAAAAAGAGUCUGAAAAUGUUUUAUGUAUAAAGGAUUUGGGUUUUUUAAUACCUUGCUGACAGACAUAUUGGUCUCAUUUCUCGAACCUCUUUGCCCAGGUGCAGCGCUGCAGUACUAAAUCUACAAUAAAUAAGUGUACCAUAAAUCUACCAGAUAUUCACCAACCCAGAUUUACACUUUGGCUGCCUCACAGCAUUUCUAACUCAACAAAGAUGUGUAUGAAAUCUACAGACAGUCAAAUACAGGGUCAGAUCUUAUUUUUAUGAGAGAAACCAAACUUUUCUCCUGGUGGUUGUGAGGUAGAAGGGUGUUGUGUGGCUUUAUGAUGGAUCCCUGAUGAUCAAGUAGCUGAGACUAGUACUUAUAGUAACUGACCAUUUUAUGUCCAACAAGUGAAAUGUAUCAAUAAUUUCUUUAAUGUAUUACACCAAUGUGGUCUGAACAUUGAAAAAUAAUUUGCAUGAAAACACAUUGGCAGUCAAUUAGCAAAUAGGAAGCUUUAAGUUAAACUCUAAUGACAAUGCAUUCUUAUGGAAUGUGCUUUAGGACUGUUAUUGACUGUAUAAUUUCUUUUUAGUAGGUUCUAUGUUCCAAGUCCUGCUGCUUCUGUGUUCUUAAUAAAUUUGUACACAACCUUU